CCACUAAACAUACUAAAAAAGAACUCUAUCUUUUUAAAAAACCACCCCAGCAACUCAAGCAAGAUUUUCAAGAAUUCCUCAUCACCCGCUUACUCCUGUUAUGUAAAUCCGCGGAAUUCUGUCAGCUCCCUUUAGAACAAGACCGCGUUUUUAAAGAAGGUGGCAAAUGUGACAACUUAAUCUACACUCACUUCCAAACUAAACCAGUCCUCCAUUUCCAAUUUUUACCCGAAAACGCUACUGUCGUGCGGUCUUUUAUCGAAAAUUUAGAUAAAUAUUCUCAAGAAUUCGAUAUGGAAGAAUCCCAAACCUUUUACUCCUACCCCAUCACCCACGACCAAAAACACGAAACCAUUACUAAAUUAG